AUGAACGAAUUCACUCUGGAGAAAAACCUUAUCGUUGCCAAUCACUCUGGAGAAAAACCUUAUCGUUGCCAAGUGUGUUCUAGAGCCUUUAGCGAUAAGAGAAAUCUAAUGUUGCAUCAACGAAUUCACUCUGGAGAAAAACCAUACCAUUGCCACGUAUGUUCUAAAGGUUUUAAUCAUAAGAGCAGUCUUACGGUGCAUGAACGAACUCAUAUAGCAAAAAAAAAAAAAAAAAAAAAAAAAAAAAAAAAAAAAAAAAAAAAAAAAAAAAACUCUUUUAUACACCAAAGUUUACUUGUAAAAACAAAAUUGCCAUCAAUCUGGUGCAUAACGACUUUGAAUGAAGAAUCGUUAACUUUUAGCGAGUCAGUUACAAUGUUCUUAUUUGGUACUGAAAAUUGGCGGUAUUAUAGAUUUGGUACUCCAGAAUUAAGAAUCGAGAACAAAUCACCUGCAAAUAUGCUCCAAAGUAGCAGUCGAAAUUUUAGUAACGAGGACAACAGGGGCUGUCACCAUUGCGAGAUAUGCAAAAACAUCUUCGGUACUUCCGGUCGCCUGGCACAGCACAAGCACAUUCAUGAGAGGCCCUACCAAUGCUCCAGAUGUGGCAAAACAUUUUCUCGUAAAAACUGUCUUGUGGUGCACAACCGCACCCACACUGGAGAAAAACCAUAUCGUUGCCAAGUGUGUUCUAGAGCCUUCAGCGAUAAGAGGAAUCUUACGGUGCAUGAACGAAUUGGAAACGUGGUUGAAUAG